AUAAACAAAGUGUAUCUGCCUAUUUUCGCUUCGUGCCAGGAAGCCGCUUCAUAACUCGAAAGUUUAUGCGGACUUUUGAGUUAAUUCGUUUGGGGUUCGGAGUAGGAGUCUACUCCGAGGGUGGGGGCUUAGGUUUCAUCAUCAUCAUCUUUCAUCAUUUCAUCAAUCAUCAAGAAAAAAAAUACGUAAGACAUGGCUGUAUGGGCAUAGUUCCCUUUGCCUUACCCUUCGGGGAAAACAAAAACAAAAAAAAAAAAUUACGGUUUCGGCUUGGCUGCUCGGUUUACGGUUGUUGUUGUUUGUGUGAUUUUAUCAUUAUUAUUUCUUACUGAAUAUUUCUCGAGUCUGUGAUUACAAAAAAGAAAAUAAACUUUAUUGGUGUGUAACUAUAACGUAAAGGAUAUCAGUUGCUGUUACAAUGGCGGAUGAUGAUAUCCCUUCGGACAGCAGUCUACUGACUAUCAUAGUGGACACAAAUCCGAACCAACGCUAUAUAACGGAAGAACCGAAGGUGCUCACACAUGUCCUUGAUGCAGUCAUUGCCUUCGCCAACUCACAUCUCAUGCAGAAGGCGAGGAAUCAGCUUGCUGUCAUCGGAUGUCAUUUUCAUAAGAGUGAAUACUUAUAUCCAUCACCUGGUAAGCCGCUAGAUGUACGGCAAAUAGAUGGACAAUAUGAAUUAUUUACCCUAGUAGAGAAGACUAUUAAAAUGAGAUUAGUGAACUUAAUAAAAAGUCAGCCACAAGAAGAGAAACCGGGGGAGUCACUUUUAGCUGGUGCUUUGGCCAUGGCACUUUGUUUUAUUGCAAGAGUGCGUCGCGAAGCCAACCCCGCCCUGCGCGUGAGCAGCAGGAUCCUGAUAGUGACCGGCAGCGCCGACACCGCCGCGCAGUACAUCAACUAUAUGAACGUGUUCUUCACUGCUCAGAAGCAACAAGUGAUAAUCGACGUGUGUUCGUUGGACAGGGACUUAAGUCUUCUUCAACAGGGCUGCGACAUCACCGGCGGGCUCUACUUGAAGGUGCCGCAACUUGAAGGACUCCUGCAGUACUUGUUGUGGGUGUUCCUCGGGGAGGGGGCGGAGCGCCACAAGCUGGUGCUGCCCGGCAGGGGCCGCGUGGACUACCGCGCCGCCUGCUUCUGUCAUAGAGAGCUGCUCACUAUAGGAUAUGUCUGCUCUGUAUGUCUUAGUGUGUUCUGCAAGUUCAGCCCUAUUUGCACGACUUGCCACACGGUGUUCAAAAUCGGAGGUCCUCUGCCUCUAAAGCCGAAGAAAAAGAAGAUGAAAAUAUAGCAGAAGGUGUUACUAUAGGUAUAGGUGUGUCAAAGAACCUUGAUCAUAUUCCAGUGGAAUUACCAUCGGAUAGACAUUUACGACACACUAGUGAAGAUUGCAUCGGAGAAAGUGGUGGUAUGGCUGGCGAGGAGUCGGUGUAAAUACUGUUCACCUCCGCCUACCCCUUACGGGAUACAGGCGUGAUACUCUGUUAUGUUAAAUGGUAAUAAGAAACAGUUUCUUGAGUGAAGAUCAAGCCUACUACCAUACCGUACCAGGAUUGGUAAGGUUGGUCAUCGACCUUACGACCCACACGAACACGAUGCCAAUGAGAACCGAACUGUUUCAGACGUUAAUAAAGUGAAAAGACACUCGGUGUUUAUAAAAGCAAUUUGAUGACAUUGCGCACUUACUUUUAUAUGCGCAAAUGUCAAAUAGCAUUUUUAUUUAGAAUUGCUUCAAUGUGGGCUUCCCCUGUGAUCUUAGAAAAUGAUAAUGAUUCGUCACGGAAUAGGAGAAAGUUGGAAAGGCCCUAACGCGCAUUUUUAUGAAACCGCCGUCGCCGGUUCAACCCCUUUCUUGUGCUACUCCUGCAAAUAGAUAACUACGAUAGCUCUACUGCUUCUCAAAUUCCACAGCCACUUUACCGGUAAUAUAUAUUUUUGUGAUAGGCUGCAAUUUAAUCAUUACUUUUCGUAGAAUACUGCAUACAAAAGCCGUUUGAUAAAUAGCCGAUCAUAAUAAGACUUUUAGCUUUCCUGUGAUAUGGAUGGUCGUUUUUUAGCCGUGCAGGUUAUAAUGCACAAGACGACCUUGUAGUUAGUAUACUAUUUUUAUUUUUUUAUUUAUUUAGAUAGGUAUACCAACAGUACACAUAUUGUAAAGUUAUAAAAUACAAGUCUUAAAUUAGUUUUUGUAAAUGUGCUCCAAUUACAGGUACACACAACAUUCGUAAUUACAACAACAAACUUAUAUAUCUAAGUGUAUAUACAUUUAUAUAUAAUUAAAUAUGUAUAAAACUUAAAUAGAAAUUAUGCUAUCGCGGAGCUCCGUGCGUCGUAAAGUUUACGGACGAGUGGAGUGCAAAGUUGAGGUAUGAACUAUUUGCUGAUACUUAUAUAGAGCGCGUUUCGGCUCACUUGGCCCUUCCAAUCUCUUCUAUUCCUUGUAAUACAUUGAAGAAGUGUGUUAUGGAACUAUUAAUAUUGUGUGUGAUACGAGUCAGUGAAACGAUGAACCUAUAAAGACACUAAUUGUUUGUAUAGUAGGUAUAUUGUAUAUUAUAUUAUUAUAGUGAUGAUUAUAAAAAAUUAAUGGUUUAA